AUGGCUGGCGACAAGGGCAUUUGGUACUUCGCCUAUGGCUCCAACAUGCGCUCGUCCGUUAUGAAACGACGAGGAAUCACUGCGCUGGAUGCCAAAUUGGUUGUUGUUCCCUCGCACUAUCUCACGUUUGACAUUUUCGGGAUCCCCUACGCGGAACCCUCUUUUGCUAGUAUCGCCGCCUUCGUGCCAGAAAAAGUCACGAUACUGCAAACAGCAUCCCCUGCAAGGCACACAUUGGUCCCUGCCGCACACGGUGUCGCAUACCUCUUGACCCCUGCAGAUUACCGCCAGCUAGUAAUCAGCGAGGGUGGUGGAGUCGCAUAUGAUGAAAUCGAAGUCGAUGCCGAAAUCCUCCAUCUGGAUGAUGGUGGGCAUGAGCCAACGAAGUUGGUGGCGCGGACUCUACAGGCCAAAUACCCCUGGGAGCCCAAUGGGUCUCCCAGCGCACGAUAUCUUGUUUGUCCACCUCCCGCGAUCCAUCGGGAGAAUCUCCAAUCUCCCCUAGCAAUUAAUCGAGCUAAUCCUCUCCGGUUAUUCCGUGAUCUUAUAGGGCCUCCUCUCUGA